AAGUGAUCUCAUCUAUGAUUUCCUUUUAAGGAUCCAAGAGAGUUUGGAAGGAUGAUGAAGCGAGUGACACAAAAGUUGUUUUUUGGGGCUUUUGUGAUUUGCAUUAUGGGAUUCUACUGUUUUAUUGGUCCAGCCUCCCUGGAUACACACAGUGUACUUCUGGCCCAAUGUGCACCAAACACUAACAAUUCACAAAGCAUUAGAGAAGAUGUGGCCUGUGCGCCUAAAGUGAACCUGAUGUUCAUGAAGACCCAUAAGACGGCCAGCAGCACUUUAAUGAACAUUCUCCUCCGCUUUGGAGAAAAGCAUCAGCUGAAGUUUGCUCUCCCAGACAGCCGUAAUGACUUCUCCUACCCAUCCAGCUUCUUUCGAACUCAAGUGAAGAGCUACCAGCCGGGCACGUGCUAUAAUAUCGUGUGCAAUCACAUGCGAUUCAAUGCGCCCGAGGUGAAGAAGCUACUCCCGGCGGACGCCAUCUUCUUCACCAUCAUACGAGAUCCCGCAGAGCUUUUUGAGUCAACGUUUCACUACUUCAAAGCUUACAUACCCCAAACAUGGAGAAUACCUGGAGAAAACCAAUUUAAAGAGUUCCUCGCCCAUCCAAACCGCUACUUCAACCCAAAGGGAAUCAACGCGUUUUACCUCAAGAACCUACAGUUUUUUGACUUUGGCUUUGAGAACGAUUUGGAUGCUGGAGAUCCAAGAGUUCAACAAGGGAUUGAGUACGUCGAAAAGCAUUUUCAGUAUGUUUUAAUAUCGGAGCACUUUGAGGAGUCGCUCAUUCUGCUAAAAGAUGCUCUAUGUUGGCAAAUGGACGACUUGCUGUUUUUUAGGAUUAAUGCUCGAAACGCCACGUCUGUAGCUCUCAUGAGCACGGAGAUGAAGACUCAAGCCCGGCAAUGGAGCGGCGCUGACUGGCAGCUUUAUCGGCAUUUUAACGCCACUUUCUGGGCCCGUGUGGAGGCGUACGGCCGGAGCCGAAUGAAGGAGCACGUGAAGGAGCUACGCAGGAGAAACGCAGAGAUGGAGGCCAUUUGCAUUGAUGGAGCGCGAGCCGUGGAGGCGAAGGACAUCACAGACAGACACAUGAAACCCUGGCAGCCCAUUGGAAAAGCUUCCAUAUUAGGAUUCAACCUGAGGACCGAUAUUGACCAGCAGUACCAAGAGCUCUGCCGGAAAAUGCUGACACCUGAGAUCCAAUAUUUGACUGAUUUAGGAGUCAAUCUAUGGAUCACUAGAUUAUGGGGCUGGUUUAAGGAUAGUAUUAUUCAGUUUGGGAUGAGUUCAUGACUUCAUAUAGUUUAUGUAAUUUUUAAUUCUCACUGUUUCAAAUUUAGUAGCUAUAAGUGUUAAUUUUU